CCGCUCCGGGGCCGUCCGCAGAGCGCGCUGCGGGCCGGGACAGCGGCCUCUGGGGAGCGGCGUCUCGCUGCCCGCGGGGCCCGACCUGCGGCACUUCCUGCGGGCAGCUGCUGCGGGGCAGUCGGGGCCGUCACCGGAGCUGCCGCCUGAGCCGGGCUCUACUCCAGGGGUCCCGAAAGUGUACCUGGAGACCUACGGCUGCCAGAUGAAUGUCAGUGACACUGAGAUCGCCUGGGCCAUCCUGCAGAAGAAUGGCUAUGCCAGGACAAAGGAGCUGGAUGAGGCAGAUGUGGUUCUUCUUGUCACCUGUUCCGUGAGGGUACCUUGUACUGUGGCCAAGGCAGUUUUUCUCCCCAAGAGCUUAGUCCCUGUGGUCUUUCUGCAGUGGAGAUGCUCUCAGGCAAGCAAAGUGAUAGCAGAUAAGAUAAAGUCAAGACAUAAUCCCCCCACCACAAACGGCACUUUCAGGUGCCAUUGGAUUCCCUGCCUGGCCCUGCCUCAUGAGGACCCUUCUCCUUUGUUGGCAGGAUGCAUGGCUGAGAGGCUUAAGGAGGAGAUUCUGCACAGGGAGAAGCUGGUUGAUGUCGUGGCUGGCCCUGAUGCCUACCGUGAUCUUCCCCGGCUGCUGGCAGUGGCAGAGUCUGGCCAGCAAGCUGCCAAUGUCCUGCUGUCCCUAGAUGAGACUUAUGCUGACAUUCUGCCUGUCCAGACUAGUGCAGGUGGCACGACAGCAUUUGUGUCCAUCAUGCGGGGCUGUGACAACAUGUGCAGUUACUGCAUCGUGCCCUUCACCCGAGGCCGGGAAAGGAGCCGCCCCAUCGCCUCCAUCCUGCAGGAAGUGAGGAUGCUGUCAGAUCAGGGAGUGAAAGAAGUGACCCUAUUGGGUCAGAAUGUCAACAGCUUUCGAGACCUGUCUGAGGUGCAGUUUCAGUCAGUGGCUGCCCCAGGCCUCAGCCGUGGCUUUAGCACAGUCUACAAAGCCAAACAGGGAGGUCUGCGCUUCUCACACCUGCUGGACCAGGUCUCUAGGAUUGAUCCAGAAAUGAGGAUCCGUUUCACCUCUCCACACCCUAAGGAUUUUCCUGAUGAGGUUCUGCAGCUCAUCCAGGAGCGACACAACAUCUGCAAACAGCUGCACCUCCCAGCCCAGAGUGGGAGCACACGAGUCCUGGAGGCGAUGCGGCGAGGAUACACAAGAGAAGCAUAUUUAGAGCUCGUGCACCACGUGCGUGACUCUAUUCCAGGAGUGAGCUUGAGCAGUGAUUUCAUCACUGGGUUCUGUGGAGAGACAGAGGAGGAUCACCAGCAGACGUUGUCCUUGCUGCGGGAAGUCCGCUACAACAUCGGCUUCCUGUUUGCUUACAGCAUGAGACAGAAGACGCGGGCGCAUCACCGGCUGCAGGACGAUGUCCCCACAGAUGUGAAGAAGCGGCGGCUGGAGCAGCUCAUUGCCACCUUCCGGGAGGAGGCUGCGAGGGCCAACGCAGCUCUGGUGGGACAGGCCCAGCUGGUGCUGGUGGAAGGGCCCAGCAAACGCUCUGCCUCGGAGCUGUGUGGGAGGAACGACGGCAACAUCAAGGUGAUCUUCCCCGACGCCGAGCUGGAGGAUGCUGCCGAGUGCAGGGCUCCAGGCAGAGCCCAGCCAGGGGACUAUGUGAUGGUGAAGGUAACCUCUGCCAGCUCACAGACCCUGCGGGGAGUUCCGCUCUGCAGGACCACCCUGUCCCGUGCUGCUGCUUCUCACUGAGGGAUCCCUGCUGCCCCUGCAUGGAAGCAGCACAUAUUCUCCGUGAAGAAACAAGGAAGUGUGGUCAGGUGGAGAUAUGGUAGAACCAGGGAGAUAUAUAUGUAUAUUAAAAUCUAUUUGUGAAAUAAUAAAAUACAUAUAUAUUUA